AUGAGGCUUCCAGCCCACCCUCUGCAUUUGUGCCCCCUGUUCUGGUGUCACCAAGUGACUGUCUGGCAAAUAAAAAGCCACCGGCCGAGCUGCUUUGCCCAGACUACCCGCCCCGCCCGGCAAUCGCCGAUUGGCAGCGGCCAACUUAUGGAUUUGCAACCAAGGCUACUGGGCCUUUCUGAUCAAGUGGCGAUUGGGCUGGCAAUAAAUCGGCCCUCCAAAUGGCUCACCUCCUCUCCUCGAUCCCCUCGGCAUAGCCCGCCCUCUCCAGGCCUCUGGUCGAUUCCGUCCGAGCACCUCGUAGGAACCGCUAACUUUGGACGAUGCACCUCCGUCAAGACGACCGACAUGAAAAUGACUUUUGAGAACUCGACGCAACAUGUACCAUUCGAACUGCAUGUGCCCAGGUUUACGUCGACACACACACACACACACACUUAA